UACAUUUCUGACAGGUGUCACCAAUGUGCUUCACAUUUCACUCAUGAACCAACCUUGAGAAAACAAACCUUUGAUGAGAGGUUAUUAGUAGCCUAUUUGCUUUCAGUGAAACUGGAUGGAUGUCGCGGAAUAUGCGCAUUCACAAUAAUGCCUGCAAAAGACCCGCUUCUCGAAACACUUAAAGUGUGCAUUCUGAAUUUGAAAUCGGAAGGCACUGUGACUGACUCCAACCCACACCUGGCAUCCUGCUGUGAGCUCCUGGAACUUAUACUGCGAAAGGGACUACAGCAGCCUGUUCUCAGUUUGGCACAUAGAGAUUACUGGCAUUGUUUUGAACAGCUUCUACACCACGACACAUGUGGCAGGUUGAGUUCAGUUUCUUUGGCUGUGCAGCAGACCACAGCCUGCAGCAAACUCAUCACCUCUCAAGGUCGAGGACGCUUCUUCAUACGGCUCAUGCUGAUGAGGAGAACUCUGGGAAAUGUCGUAAAACACCUGCUGCACACAAACAGAGUCAUCGAGUGGUAUUGCCCUAAUGUUGCUAUUCUGAGAAAUGAGGAGAUUGUUGAACCGUUUCUAUCGCUGUCUAUGGUGCUGUCAGAAAUGAACUUUAAGAUCAGUAUUGAGAACUGCAGCUUCUUGGAUGAAAGCUGGCUGCUUCCGGUGUGUCAAAUCUAUGAAGCUGUUCCCUGUCGAGAGCUGGGGAUGGUGCUCAGGUACCUAGAAGGACGCGUCUUUCUACUGGACCUGCUUCAGGGUAGUCAAGCUCAGGUGGAUAUGUUUGCCGAGCCUGGUGACAUCAUUGAUGAAAUUAAUGGGAUAUCACUGAGGAAUGCUAGCAAUGGGCAGGCAGGUGUGGUUCUGUCUAAGCUGAAGAGUCAGCCCCUUUCCAUUCACUUGAUACGUUGGAGAGGAGAAGAUGGGUCUAUCUAUCAGCCACUGGUCAAACACUUACGGCAGCUCAAACAAGAAAAACCCUCACUUCGGUUUGGCCCAAAACCAGCCUCUCAGCAAGACAGAACUGCGGGUCAGAAGAGAGGGCAGACGCAGUGUGUGAAAGACGGCAGGAUCCUGUACGGUGUGCACCUCUUAGGAAAAGCAAACAUAGGAAUGCAUGGAGGUAAGGAGGUGCUGCAGCAUGUCAUUCCUGUGGUUCUGGAGAGCAGUCAGGCAAGAAAGGAAGUACUGCUGGAUAUAAAGGAGACUCAUCUUACCUGCAUAGAUAAGUCAAAUAAGCAGGAGCUGUUUCAACACCAUUUCCCUGAGAUAUCAUGUGUUGGGAGGUUUGGAAGCCAACCUGAUUUAACCAUUUUUGCUUUUUGUGUACUAGAUUCACCGCAAGCAGGCAAACAGUCAGGCUUCUGUUGUGUGGUCCUACAGGCUGCCACAAGUAGUGAGUGUGAAGAGAUUGUUAACCGUAUAGCCGCUGGGUUCAAACAUACAGAAUGGUUUGUAUGAAAAUUCAGAACUUGAGUGGACUGGACAUCUUCUGAAGUGUGCAUCAGGUGUUUUUGAGCACAAUGCAUAUAUUGCAUUGUUAUAUAUUCUAUAUUAUAACAAUAUAUAGUUUAUCGUUUGUAUUAAUAGUACACUGUAUAUGAUCGAUAAAACCUUAUUGUAAUAUCCUGUAUU